ACGUCGCACCAGGUUGUAAGCGCGUUCAUGCAGAAGGCGUGGCUUAACAAAGCGAGAGGUUCUAGUGGAGAGACGCGAUGGAUGAGCUGGGGCAGUCUCACCUUGGCUUUGUGGAGCAGCUGUGUGAGCUUACAGAGCGGUUCUUCAUGGAGAGAAGGUGAGACUCUCUGCUCAGUCCACACCUGAAGCAACCAGCGAGGUGCUCCCUGUUCCUGCAGGGGCUCUGAACACGGACAUGGACUGAAUUUGUUCUCCAUACAAAAGACUGGAAAGGCCCACAUCCGAACAUGUCUGCCUUCUAGCAGGUCCACUGGGACCGCCGUGAAUACAGCGUGUUUCCUGGAAGCACGGCGGGGAGCAGGCUGCGAGGGCAACAAGCAGCAAAAUGACGAGCACAAAGCCUGUUUGACAGAGGGUUAUUUCCAUGGUGACCAGCCCAAUGACUACCACCACAGAGGUCAUAGUGCAAACCACAGGAAAUCUGUCAGCCUCCAGAGACCAGAGAGGAAUUGAAUUUGGUCAUGUCCAUCAGGAAUCAACCCCAUCUGUGCUGAACGCUGCUGAGAGGAACUCUGUUCUCCAGGGAAUCAUGGUGGCCGCUCAGGCACUGGUACUGCUCUCCAUCUUCCUUCUCUCCAGCCUCGGUAACUCGGCAGUUGUCGUUGUUAUCAUCAAGCACAGGCAACUCCGAACGGUGACCAAUGCUUUCAUCAUGUCACUGUCGCUGUCGGACUUCCUCACCGCUGUCUUGUGUCUGCCUUUCUCUUUCGUUAUGCUUUUCAGUAAGGAUGGAGUCUGGAUGUUUGGAGAUCAGUUCUGUGUGGCCAAUGGCUUUUUCAACACCUGCUUUGGUAUCAUCUCCACUCUAACUAUGACCUUGAUCUCCUUUGAUAGGUACUAUUCCAUAGUCAGACAGCCACAGGCCAAAAUAGGGCGACAGAAAGCGACUCAGUUGUUGAUUGCAGUGUGGUUAACGGCAGUAAUCUUCUCUCUGCCUUGGUAUCUGGUGUUUCGAACACCUACAGAAAUCCAUAAGCAGGGUUUUUACCACUGCAUGUAUGUAUUCCACUCUGGUACCUCACACAUGGGGACAGCUUAUAGCAUCUGUCUAAUCAUCGUAUGCUAUUUGCUGCCUUUUUGCCUGAUGUGUUUCUGCCAUUACAACAUCUGUAAGACUGUUCGGCUCUCUGAGAUACGAGUCAGGCCUGUGACCACAUACGCAUACUUGCUUCGAUUUUACAGUGAAAUGAGAACAGCCACCACAGUUCUGAUAAUGAUUGUUUUCAUUAUUUUCUGCUGGGGGCCAUAUUGUCUGAUGGGGCUGGUUACUGCAAUAGGGAACUACACAUUUAAUCCUGCAAUGGACACCGUGGCCAUUUGGCUAGCCUGGGCAAAUGGAGCCAUUAAUCCUCUGAUCUACGCUCUGCGGAACCCCAAUAUAUCCAUGUUACUGGGACGCAGCAGGGAGGAGGGCUAUCGGACCAGAAACGUUGCCGCGUACCUUUCCAGCCAAACUCUGAACCACGAGGCCCUUAACCAAGCAGAGAGGAUAAGAGACCGCUACCUGAGUCGAGCAGGGCUGAGCCAUAACAGCCGGCUGUCAAGUUUGAGUCCUGGAAAAGCUGGAGAAAGAGGAGAGGUGGCAAUGUGGGCUUGUAAAAACCCCGCUGUAUACUUCUGUAAGGACACUCAGCAUAACACUGCAACACUACCAAACUCAGUCAGCGCUCAGAAGACAAAGACAUCUGACACCAGCCUGUGAAGUUCUAGAGUCUCCAUUUUCUGAGGAUUGUUUUCAUAAUAACUCGUUACUGAUAUUUUCCUCACACCAGAACUCUGAGUCGUUAUGAUACUGUAUGAUAUUGUGUUCCAGGUAUUAAAUCAUUUGAGUUGUUAAUGCUGAUAUGAAAUAUUUACACUGCAAGUAUGACAGACUGCAAAGACAAGCAUUGUGAGGGAAAACUCAGCUUUGGUCCAAUGGCUGAAAUUCCUUCCUGAUCUUGGAGCACACGUUAAGUCCUCAGACAUCCUGCUUUGAGCUGCUGGAAGGAUCUCUAGAAUCUCCUCAGUGACAAAGCAUGCAAGGGGGUGGGAAAUAGAGUUGUUUGUGCUUCAAAGGUCCUCAUAUGAGAUAUCAAUUCAUAUGUAAAUGUGGCAUGUGAAUAUGAAGCACUGAUAAAGAGGCCGGCAUGUCCUACACGCUGAAUGUGCCACAGAGUCUAUUUUGUUCGUGUCAUUUUCCCAGCCAACAGACGUUUUCUGUUUAACAGAUUAAAGACACAUAAUUACACGACUGACCAAAAGUCACUGUGCUCAUUAUUCUCAUGAACACAUGAGAAUAAUGAUAGAUAUAACCCCUGAUCGAUCAGUCAGACCAGGAAGUAUCAACAUGUGAUAUUCAGAGGGCUGGAUAUCCAAGUAUUACUGUGGGAAAGUCAAUCACGAACACUUGAGUCAGCAAUAGACUUCCAGAGUUGUUGGGAAACUGUCCAUAGUGGCCGGGCUGUUUAUUAAUGCGGUAAAGCUGGAAAUGUUAACAUGGGAGUGUAUGGGAACUGAGUUUCUUUGGAAGCCAGUAUUUGCCCCUUGUUUAGCUUCAUUUUUCAGCUCCAGAGGUUCCUGAUAAUGUCCUGUUGUUACUGGGCUUCUGCGUGGGCUCUCAAACCCUGACUUUUAUUUUCUGGAGGACAGACAGGUACUCAAAUCCCUACACUCAGCUGAUUGUGGAGACUGAGGAAAUCUGUGAUCUCACAGACAUCCUCAGUUUGUUGGCGACACAAGAAGAAAGAGGGGAGAAGAGGUAGAGGUUAUAUUUAAAGGGGGCAGGUCGUGCUGUGUGUUGCUACUUCAAGGCGGAGCCUGACGUCUAAGCUGGGUAAUCCUGCGCACCUGGUUUCUGUGGUGCAGCGAUUAGCCCUGCAUUUAAGGUCCAGGUGUUACCCUUGGUCUCCACCAGAGUGUCAUUCAACCACAGUGGAAGCUUUAACUUGCCUCAGCCUGCCUGCCCUCGUGGAUCCGCUCGUCAGGCACUACGUGCUGGUUACCUUUCACACUCACUGCUUUCUGCCUGCCCCCCCAUGGACCAUCCAAACCCCUACUGCCCUUACGUGCCUCCCCUGCCGGACUCCUCGAUUCCCGGACUCAAUGAGAAUUCCCAUUCCCCCUGGAAUCGGAGUCCCGAGAAAGCCAUCAACAACCAGUCACCACGCCGGAUUCCUCUGCAAACCCCCAGUGCUAACCAUAUCUCCCACUGUCUUUCUAAUAAAUCGUUUGUGAAUCACUCACGUUUUCGCAUCCGCCUCUGCUCUUGGGUCCACUUAGCUUUCCUGACCGCUAGUUGUGACAGUUUGAUUAAAGUCCAAUGAUGCAUUCAGCAUACUGUCAAGUCAUGGAACUUGAAACCACAAACAUAUUUGCAGGUGUACAUGCAUGCAAACAAGAAACAGAUGUUGUAUUAUUGUAUGAUGUUUGUAUUAUUUUCUGCUCUUUAUCUCGUUGGAUGUUUUUUGAUCUUACCUGCCUUAGGA